CCGAGACUCACCAGAAGGGCACCGACACUCGCAGCUCGCUGUACCCCCUCCACAAAGCCUUCCACAUGAGCCAGCCAAGCCUUAGCUUCCCACCAGGAUGAAGAAAGAGAGGAAAACCAAUGCUUUACUGUUCCUCCUGCUGCUUCACUUCACCUUGGGGCAAUCAGACUAUGCUCCAUAUUUUUAUGACAAUGGACCCAGCAGCACAAGUGGGAACAUGGCCUUGUUCAGCAUCUCCGAGGACACACCAGUGGGCACACAGGUUUACAUCCUGAACGGCACAGAUCCAGAGGGGGACCCGGUGCGAUACGAUCUGACUUUUGAACAGGGCUCCAAGGAAUAUUUUAGGGUGGAAGCCAAAUCUGGAAACGUGACUCUGGUUCAGGAGCUGGACAGAGAGAAACAAGCUGAGAUCUCGAUGCUCGUGAGCAUCACGGACGGUCGAAAUAAAGUUAUUGAGACAGUGAGAGUUUUUGUCACUGACACCAAUGAUGAACCACCUGAAUUUCAAAACCUGCCUUUCCUCAUCAAUAUCCCAGAGGACACUGCUCCAGGAAGCAGCAUCUUCAGGGUCGCGGCAGUGGAUAAGGACAUGGGCUCGGGAGGCAGCGUCUCUUAUUAUCUACAGACCUCACAGUUUGCCAAGUUCACCAUCGACGGCAACAGCGGGAUCCUCCGAGUCAAACCAGGGGAGACUCUGGACUACGAGACCACGCCGACACAUUUCGUGACAGUGGUGGCAAAGGACGGUGGAGGAAAGUACAAGGGGAAGCAUCAGGUGUUGACCUCCACAGCCACCAUCACAGUUAAUGUAAUCGAUGCCCAGGACAUGCCUCCAUCCUUCGUGGGGACCCCUUACUUUGGCUACGUCUACGAAGUCUCAGUUCCUGGAUCUGAAAUAUUCACGGUGUACGCCAAAGAUGGAGAUCAAGGCAAUCCUAACCCCAUCCAUUAUUCCAUAAUGAACGGUAGUGAUGGUGUCUUUGACAUAAAUAGCACCAGCGGAUGCAUCACCCUGACAACUUAUCCGUCUCUUCUGAAGAAUGAAUUAUAUGAAAUCAAAGUCAAGGCAUCUGAGAUUGGACCAGAGGAUCGGCUGGUUGACUACGACAUGACCCUGGUGACAGUCCGCGUGGUGGAUCUCAACAACCACCCGCCGACCUUCUAUGGAGAGAAUGGACCACAGAGCAGGUUUGAGGUCACCAUGUAUGAGCAUCCGCCUGCAGGGGAGAUCCUCCGGGGCUUCAAGAUCACCGUCAACGACUCCGAUCAGGGAGCGAACGCUAAAUUUAAGCUGAGGCUCGUGGGGCCGAGUCGAGUGCUGCGGGUGGUUCCCCAGACGGUUCUCAAUGAAGCGCAGGUGACCAUCAUUGUGGAAGACUCAUCUGGCAUCGACUACGAGAAAGGAUCAACCCUUUCUUUUAAGCUGCUGGCGGUGGAGAUCGACACCCCCGAGCGCUUCAGUGCGACGGCCGACAUCGUCAUCAACCUGCUGGACACGAACGACAACGUGCCCAAAUUCACCUCCGAGUACUACAUCGUCAGGGUCCCCGAGAACUCCCCUGGAGACUCCAGCGUCGUGUCCGUUACAGCAAACGAUCCAGAUUCAGGACCAUGGGGUGAAGUCAAAUACACAAUUUAUGGAUCAGGAUCAGAUUUGUUUUACAUCCACCGGUUGUCAGGCCUCAUCUCCACGCAGCCCUGGACCAGCCUGGACGCAGAGGUCAGGUCCAAGUACAACUUCUACGUCAAGGCCGAGGACUCGGAGGGACAGUACAGUUUGGCCGAGGUCUUUGUCACCGUGCUCGACAUGAACGACCACACUCCGACAUUUGAUCACAAACUCCUGGAGAAGACCAUGAUCAUCGGGACACCGGUCAGAGUGGAGGCAGUGGAUGAAGAUGCAGAGUCUCCAAACAACGUGAUCGAGUACUCCAUCAUGAAAGCCGAUCCCGACAACGCAUUUGACAUCAACGCCGACACCGGGGAGAUCCAGCUGAAGUCGUACAUCAAGUCCAUGGAGAUUGUGCAGAACAUCACCAAGCAGAAAGACUGCAAGUGGUCCCUGGUGGUCCAGGCCAGGGACCGGGGUUCUCCUUCCUUCAGCACCACAGCCGUGGUCAAUAUCGACAUCACGGAGGCGACUCCUCUCAAGGGGCCUAUGGCGGCCUUUUUAAUGAAAAGUAGGGACAGUCCUAUGAGAGCUCUAGGCAUGGUCACUGUUAUCAUUAGCGUGUUGGUAGGGGUGACGGUCUUGAUCUCUACGGCUAUGUACAUGCGCAACUCAAAGUCCAACAGGAUCAUGCCGGCGCGUCGCAUCAUUAAGAGGCGACCCAGGGACCAGCGGCACUGGACCUUCCAGAUGCCCGUCAUCAAAUUCAACAACCCUGCAGAGAAGUUCCAGGUGGGCGACCCAGAGCGGGACACGGGCAGCCCCAGGACGAAGCCUCCACCCCCCAGCGCUCCUUCUCUGCCCCCUCCACCCCCGUGUUACACACGGCCGAGUGAGAGGCCCCGGGCGGUCCCAACAGUAUCCGGUGCUCUGGCCUCUAAAGGCUCGAAGAAAGUUAAAUCGCAUCGUCGAAAAGAGGGAAACAUGAGCUCCGCUUUAGUGUCGGAGCUCAAAAUGAGGCUGGAGCAGAAGAUGAAUGAGAACAAUCAGGGCUAUUAUUAAAAAACACGUCAGGUUUAAGGCUUCUCAGUGCGUUCUUUGACGACUCCACUGCCCUGAGCUCAUCUUCUGACCAAGAGUACUCACCUGAAGCUCGUGUAAUGAUCUGGUUGAGUGGGCCUUACUUUAGACUGGGACGGCAUAAGGCUGUAACAGGAAGGUUUGCAGAUAUUUAUGUCUUAAUAUGAGAUAAUAAACAAUGGGAUCUACUGCAUCCUUUGCUUAGAUAAGGAGCGGAGAGGGCUCGAGUCUGCGGGUGGUGCGGCCGUAGAUAAAUCAUUACACUGACAUCUUGAGGAGGAUUACAUCAUCUUAGGAGUGAGAAGCAUCACUGUAAUUGACCCAGGGAGAGGAUUUACUGAGUACACGUCGGUUACAUAACUUCCUGAAAAGUGAAACGUUCGGCACUUUUCAACGCGAGAGGGAUUUCACCCGAUAAAUCCUAGAAAUACGAAAUCUUCUUGCUUGACAGAGCAUGCAGCUGAAUGACACAGUCAUGAAAAGCCUGUUUAUAUAAAGUGCUAAAGGACCUGUGUGUUUAUGUUUUUACUGUUUCACAUCAGCCGCUUGAACUGAGAAGUUGCUCUUUUGUAUGAUUACAAUGUGCCACUGUAGGUUUUCACAGUAACAUGAGCUGCGUUGCUUUUAUUGAUUUGACUGUGUGAUUGUAGAAAAAAAUGCUUUUAUAUAAAUGUACAUAGGUCCAAAUUUCAAGGUACAGCACCUCUAUUAUUUUCAUCAUUUUGAAUGUACAUACAGUAUAUGACAAGAUAUGAAUGUUACAAUAACAGGAAGUACAAAUAAAACAAAUGUAAAAAACUA